AUGCCGUCGCUACGUCAUUUCUUAUCACUACUCCCACUCGCCACUCUCAGCGUCGCCAGGCAGAAGACCCAACGUCCGCUUGGUUCCGACACGAGCGAUGAACCCAACGACACGCCUCUGCCCGUCAUCAUCUGGCAUGGCCUGGGCGACAACUUCGCCAACGAGGGCAUCCAGUCCGUCGGUUCGCUGAUCGAGUCUCUGAACGAAGGCACGCUGGUCUACUAUGUCAAGCUGGACGAACAAGCCUCUGGCGACCAGACGGCCACCUUCUGGGGCAAUGUCACCGAGCAGGUCGACAAGGUGUGCGCCGACCUGGCAGCUCACCCGAUCCUGAGCACCGCACCCGCCGUCGACGCUGUCGGCUUCAGCCAGGGCGGCCAGUUUCUGCGCGCCUAUGUCGAGCGCUGCAACUACCCGCCCGUCCGCAAUCUGCUCACUUUCGGCAGUCAGCACAACGGCAUCGUCGACUACCGCGCCUGCGGGCCUACCGACUGGCUCUGCAAGGGCGCCAUGGCCCUCCUCCACGGGAACACCUUUAGCCAGUACGUGCAGUCGCACCUGGUGCCCGCGCAGUACUUCCGCGACCCGGAGGAUCUCGACAACUACCUGGAGCACUCCAACUUCCUCGCCGACAUCAACAACGAGCGCGUCCUCAAGAACGAGACGUAUGCCGAGAACAUUGCCAAGCUCGACAACUUCGUCAUGUACAUGUUCGAGGACGACAAGACCGUCAUCCCCAAGGAGACGGCCUGGUUUGAGGAGGUCAUUGGCGAGAAGCGCAUCCCGCUGAGGGCGAGGAAGAUCUACGAGGAGGACUGGCUGGGCUUGAGGAAGCUGGACCGCAAGGGCGGCCUGAAGUUCCGGACGACCCCCGGCGACCACAUGCAGCUCUCCGACAAGGUGUUGGAGAGUGCAUUCACGGAAUUCUUCGGCCCGUGGGGUAAGGAGUAUGCCGAAGAGGUCGAAGUUAUGUCUGAGCUGUAA